GAAACGGUUUCUUGCCAGUGCUUCAACACGCAUCAAAUAUUUUGACAAUCAAAUUCAGCUGUACAUUUUCCAAAUUAUCUGUAAAAUUUUAAUACAAAAAAAUGAGUGCCACGAAUAUUCAAUUCCAAAAGAGUUUGGCUGCUCAGCAAUUUGUGCAUCAGCGGCUUUAUAAAAACCUGACUCAUAUACUGGAAAGAUGCGAGGACUUUCCCAAAAAAACGCAAAGCGAUGAUUCCCUGACCCGCAUUCACUUCAUAUCCACUAAAUUUUUGGAUGCUUCCUCCGCCGAUCUGGUGACCAACGGGUUGGAUAGUCGCCGCCUACCUGCGGGAGGAGCUUGCAGCUGCCGUUCCAUUGCGGGUCGUUCGGUGCCCGCCGGCUUUAAGCAUCACCCGUUAUCCAUUAUCUCGGAAUCGACCCAAACCGUGUCCACCCAUGAGAUGGCUACUCAAACGGGUAUCCAAAAGGAUACUAUUGAUCCUGACUUUCUAGAUUGCCAGUUCAGCCAAGAUGCAUCCACCCAAUCUGUAAUAAAUAUGCAAGAUGCAGAAACACAAUCGGUAUCAGAUUCGACAAAAAACCUAAACAACACCCAAACCCAAACGGAAAUGAUUGUUGUUAAAGAACCUAGAAAAAGUGCUAUUAAAUCGGAACCACACAAGAAAGAUAAUCCUGAACAUGAGGAUGGAAAACCUCAAAAAUCAAAUUCUUCAUUGCGAAGAAGUUUCUUUAGGCGUCCAGUUAUCGUGGUAAAUGGAGGGUCUUUCAUACCUUCCGAAUUUACAAAUAGAGUGCAUCAAGGUAAAGCGGAGCACCCACCGCAUCCAUUAAUAGUUACCUCGCAAAAAGUAGAUCAGGAGACACAAUAUGAAAACCCACGCACAUCAGAAGUAAUUCAAUCGAAUCAUAAUGCCUCUGGACCUUCAACUUGCUCCAAAAUUCUAGAUAGGGUAGAGGAACUAGAAACAAAGUUAAGGAGGCAAGAGCGAUCCCUGAAAGAUCUGCAAGGCUCUGUAAAAUCAUGGAAAGCCCGGGAAAGUAAACCUUCCGAAUGUAAGAUUAUAUUUCAGGCUCAACCGAAACAAUGCCAGUUACCAAGAAAACCAGAAACCUGUGACCAGGCCAUACAGAAAAAAGGCGAUGAUGAUUGUGAGUGCAACAGAACUUUAUCCAAAGAAUUUAUUCAAAUUUUUAUAAAGUCGGAAUCUCCGCAUCAAACCAACGAAUCAAAAAAUGCUGGAUGCGAAGCGAGUUCCCCAAACAAUAUCCAAAAACCCAUUGCCCGGCAAUGCAGUAGGGAUAACAAUGAAAAUUGUAGAAAAAGUGUAUCAAUAUCAGGUCUCCCAAAAUGUUGUAAUGAUGAUAAAGCUGGAGAUUCUAGAAAGAAUAAUCAAAAGUCAAUAGACACUCAGUGCUUAGAAGAUGCUGAUAAUUUUCUGCAACAAUUCAAUCGGGUUUUUGCCAAGUCCAAAAGUGAGGAAACGAUUUGUGGUAAAACCAAUAAGAUCCAGAAGCCCAUUUCUCCUUGCUGUUCUUCCAUUCCUUCAAAACAAAAUUCGAAGCAACAAGGGAUUAAUCAUCUACUUGAUAAGUUUGUUGUUCGAGUAACAAAACCCAAUGACGAGUCCUUAAAUGCAAGAAAGGCUUCUUCCACAUCAUGUUUGGAUAAAAAUAAAAUUUCAAAGCUAUCACAAUCUAACCAAACGGAGGAAAAGGAAGUCUACAAGUCAUUGAUUGAGCAAUUCGUCAAUCUAUUUUCAAAAACCAAGACGUGUGAGAAUAAACAAGCUCACAACUCAGAAUCUGAGAGUUACUCUUUCGACGGAAUGUUGGCAGAACUAUUAAAACUAUUUAACAAGCCCAAAAGCCUGGAGCCAGGUGCUCUAAUGGAGGACGAAAGACCCAAAAAGGUCACCAUAUCGGAGGGGGAAACGGUUUUGGAAACAGAACAGAAGACAAAAUGCAGUUGCUCGAAAGUUCAGCGCAGUGUUAAAUCCACUGCAACACAAUCUGAGAUAAAAAUGUCGGAUAUGAACCUGGAUGUUAGGGAUCGGGAUAAGAGACCAUGUGAAUUGCAAAGGAAAUCUACGAUAAGCGAGCUGUACGCCUCCAAUUUGUCUAUAAGGAACACCCAGCCAGGAGAUCAACUACCAUGUGGUUGCCAAUUUUGUGGCGAUGGCAGACAGCCAGUGCUGGAUACCUUUCUAAGCGAACUACUUCACCUGAUUGGAUCAAGAUCUUUCAGCGAAGUGGUGCUGACCAUACUCCGGAAUGAGGGCAAUAUCUACCAUAUCAACGUCCGUGAGAUGGCGACGGGCAAUGUCCUGGGCUGUAUUCUGGUCAAUGGAACCGCGAUCAAUGAAGCCAUUGCCUUGGGGUUAUUUGAGGACAUCCACACAUUCUGCGAGCUGGACAGGCGCAGGGAGCAUGAUCCCAGGGCGUGCCCACUGGGAUUCGACGCUCUUUGUCCACGGGAGCGAGGCGGUGAGAUUGUGCCGGAUGUAAAAGUCGACACAGAAAGGGCCAUCGAGUUUUCCACUCGAGUUUUGGGUGUUCCCGCUGGACAAGCCGGGCGCUUCUUCUCCCUGACCAACGCCCUAAAAUUGUCCAGGAAAUCACCCUUUCACAGAUUUGAUUUUUCAAAGCUAAUCCGUCAUCGAGAUAAUCUACUAAAAAGAGGUCGUUUUGGUCGAGGAGCAGUCACCGGUGAACUAGUUUACAUGGGUAGCGAUGAUCAUUUACCAUUAAAGGAUGUGUGUGAUCCGGUUCAGACAUCCAGCUUGUUCCUUCGUAUCGUUUCUGGCCAGGAUAAUGACGUUCAAGAAGAUGAAUCUAAAGUUGUUGAGUACCAAUCGCAUUAGCUUGUGAAAACUAAAAGUGUUUACAUUUAUCAAACAGCUGACAGUGUAAUCCUCUUUUCAAAA